CGGAAGUGACGCACGUCGCGGCGGACUCGCUUGAUGCGCAGCAGUCUGGGAUCGAGCAGGGAGGACGAAGAGAAAAGCCCGACAUUCCCAGGGAGCACGAAACGGUACUGUUGCAUCAUGAACCCCAUUUACAGCCCUGCGCCAGCGGGGGCUUCCUAUGCAAACGCCAAGGGAAUUGGGUACCCAGCAGGGUUUCCUGUGGGUUAUGCAGCUGCCCUUCCUUACACGCCCAGCAUCUACCCAGGGACAAACCCAGGUUUUACGACCGGUUACGCGUCAGGUGCGCCGUACAAAAUGUCGUGUUCUCCGACCACGGGGGCCGUCCCGCCAUACUCUUCCUCGUCUAACCCCUACCAGACGGCAGUGUAUCCCGUGCGAAGUUCUUACCCCCAGCAGAAUCCGUACGCACAGCAGCAGGGCACUUACUUCACACAGCCGGUGUAUGCAGCGCCGCCCCACGUCAUUCACCACACCACGGUAGUCCAGCCCAACGGGAUGCCUGCCGCCAUGUAUGCCCCCCCCAUCGCUCCAGGUCGGGGCAACAAUGUUGCCAUGGGGAUGGUCACCGGGGCCACCAUGGCAAUGUCAGCUGGGACGUUGCUGACAGCCCCCUCUCCAACUCCGGUCACCCCUCACCCUGUCACGAUCCCCCCGUACCGACCAGCUGGCACGCCAACCUACAGCUAUGUGCCCCCCUCCAUGGUGAACAGUUGGCAGUGCUGAAGCUGUUGGAGCGGCGCGUUCACAUCGAACCCGGUGCUGACCCGUCUGAGGUCCUCAUUCUUCCAAAACCAGAGCGACAUUGCGAACGAGCGUUACGCCCAGAAGGAGGAGGAGAAGAAGCGGCGGCGGCUCGGGCUCCAACAGGUCCCCACUCCAGAUUCCCUGUGGAAACACUCUCCUGCGCCUCACACCCGUCCGCGAGCUCUUCGCGCAAACUCCUGUCUCGUGGACUGUCUUGCAGUUUGUUUUAAUUUUUUUUUUUUUUAAUUUUUGUUUUUAAAGCUCUUUCUGUAAAUGGUGGAAGUGAAGUUGGAAUUCAUUCUUGUGUGGGAUCGACGUCGAACCGAGAUGCACGUUUGAUGUUGCCGCGCCGGGGGACGUGGCGCGCUCUCGGCGCUCCCCGUCCCCCGCCCGCCUCAGUGACGCACGGAGCACCGUCGCGAGCGAAGACCCAGCGGUCGUCGGCGCAGUUUGACGAGAAAGAAGAACCAGAAACUUCUCUAAUGUGUAGUGUCUUAAUGUGAGAUAAACUAUUUCUUUUCUUUUCCUUGGUUACGCGUCCGUUACGUUUACAAAUCUCAGUGCAGUUUACGUGGAACAAAGUGACUUAUUUGGUGUUGCCAUUAUCUUUUUUAUUUUUUAAAUUUACUAAGAAUGUGUGUGCUGCAUCAGCGUGUACCGUCUUUCCUGGCGUGUGUGUGUGUGUGUGUGUGUGUGUGUGUGUCUUUGUAUGUCUGUCCACACAUAAUAAGGUAUCGAAGUCCCUGGGAGCCAAGCAGUCUUUAAAGAACUAGUUUUCCUCAUUUUGCUACUAGUUGUUUUUCUCUAGAUUAAAUAUACAGUUGGUCCAAAUUUGAAUUUUUUUUUUUUUUAAAAGGUUCAACGUGUUUAAAUUCAUUCAUAUUUUAAUUGUUCACUGAUUGGGAUUUGCAUCUGUCUGUUCUUAUAAUUAUGCCGAGGAGCACAGAAACCGUUGUUAAACUUUGUUUAUUUUUGAUUUUGUAAAAACUAAGCAAGUUUGUCUUAUAUUCAUGUUUUUUCACGGGGCUGCACACUGACAGUUACCUCAAGUUUUCACCUAAAUAUUAUGCUUCUGUCAUUUUAUUGUUCACGUUGCCUUUAAAUCCCCUCAUGUAGAGUGUUUUCAUUUUUUAUUAUGUGGAAGACCAAAAAAAUAAAUACAGUUCCGAGUAUUUCGGUCACAGCGAAUGAUUCGGCAGAGGUUUAUUGAGGCCCUUCUGUCCCUCAGCAACACUUUCCGGCUGUUUUUUGCAUCUGCAAAUUUAAAACACACACGGGUGUGGAGCAGAUUCAGAAUCUGUCAAAAAUGUCAGCUUUGGCCAGAAUUCACAGUAGUAACUGAAUAAUUGGCAUAGAAAUAAAAACAUUUUUCUUAAUGUUCAA